CGAAAGGCAAAAACGACGACAACAACAACUCAAAGUGCUCUCUGUGCUUUAAGCUGUUUGUUUUGAAUAAAGGCUCGUAGCUUUCAAGUCCCCCAAGUCCGACCCUUCCUUCCCUCCACGCUCCCAACCCCUCUCUCAUUUUUUAAGGAUCAAGAUCUACCACUCCCACUUGUCUCUUGUCUCUUGUCUUCCUUCACCAUAUCCCUCUCCAUUAUUCACAACCUAAUCUUUUUCGUUGCUUCCUAGGGCUCUCCUUUCAAGAUUCACUUGACCGUGUCUGGCGCAUGGACUAUGGUGUCUCCGACAGCACUGGUACUGAUGAUGAUCUUCCUCCAUCUCCUCAAUACAGAAUUCCAAGAGGGGGUCAAUUUGCUGGAAUUGAAAGAUCUGCAGUAGGUUCUAUCUCGUUCGCUAGGAAGUAUACUGACAUGGAGGCCCAAAUUCAUCACCUAGAGCAAGAAGCAUACUGUGCAGUCCUGCGUGCUUUCAAAGCUCAGUCUGAUGCGAUUACUUGGGAGAAGGAAGGUUUGAUUACAGAACUUAGGAAAGAACUGAGAGUAUCUGAUGAUGAACACAGAGAGCUUCUUGGCAGGGUUAACUCUGAUGAUAUCAUCAGUAAGAUAAGAGAGUGGAGAACGGCAGGUGGGCAUCAAGCUGCGAGAUUCAGUGCAUCCCAGCCUGUUUAUGACCUUGUACCCAGUCCUACUGUUUCAGCAUCCCGAAAGAAACAGAAAACAUCCCAAUCGCACCAGGGUCAGCCAUUCCCUGGUUUAUCCUCAAUGAAGUCUAUGCAGUACCCUUCUACAGGACCUUCUUUGAGUAGGCAGCUCACUAGCCGCAGUACUACUGGUCCCCUUGCCAUAACCGAACCUGCUGAAGCAGCAACAUAUGAUUUAAUUGGAAAGAAAGUGUGGAUGAGAUGGCCUGCAGACAACAGCUUCUAUGAAGCCCUUAUAACAGACUACAACCCUAAUGAUGGUCGACAUGCUCUGAUCUACGAUAAAAAUACAGCAAAUGAGACAUUUGAAUGGGUAGAUUUCAAAGAGAUAUCUCGUGAGGAUAUCCGUUGGGAAGGUGAGGAACUGGGGCUAUCUCAUCAAGGGAACCAUGGCAGUGGACAUGGACGUAGGGUUAAGAAAUCUACGAACCAUGGUGGUGUUGGUCCAGUUUCUGGGAGAGGUCGAGGACAUAUAAAGCCUCAAUCAAAGAAACAACUUCUUCCUUCACAAAAUGGCAUAGGAAAUAAGUUGCCAGAUGAUCUAGAAUUAUUGAAUACUGAUUCUCUGGUAAAGGAGGUGGAGAGAGUUUUCAAUGCAAGUAAUCCGGACCCCUUUGAGCUUGAAAAGGCAAGGAAAAUGCUGAAAGAUCACGAACAGGCACUUGUUGAUGCCAUUGAAAGGCUUGCAUAUGCAUCCGAUGGUGAAAGUGUCCUUGUGCUUUGCAGUGCAUAAUUUAGUUACUUGAUUAAAAUAGCCUGUCACACACUGCACAUUUGAGACGAAGCUGAGCAGUUUUGAAGUAUUUGGAGAUUGGGGACAUUUUCGUUAAAUGGCUAGCAACUCCUGCAACAUCCUGAAGACUCCGAACUGUAAUGGGGCCUUGAACUCAUAGGGAAUUCAAACCAUAAUAUACAUGAUUGCUGAAAAAGAUGAAUGUAACUUUGAUUGGUUCUGAUCACUUGUAUUAGGGUCUUGGAUGAAUUGAACAUUCCACAUUUGACAGUAAUUCUGUUGUAUUAGAGUCGACAAUAUUUCCUUUCUUUCCUUCAAUAUCAGUCAAUUACAAGGAUCCAUCCCAUGUUCAGAAAAGUCCCUUCAUUUUGCCUAGCCAAAAUUCUUAUGUUAAUCUUUUUACUUGUACUUAUGCUUUUUUUUUUUUUUUUUU